UGCUUCCUUAUGCCACACAAGGAGUCACUGGUAUUUUUGCUGGUAUUAUGAGUGAUUACAUUAUACACCAAUUAGGAGUUCAUGUAAGAACUGUACGAAGUGGAGCUCAAAUAAUAGGUGCAAUUGGAACAUCGAUAUUUCUUUUAUGUACAGCUUAUUUAGCACAAACUCCUAUGCAAGGAAUAAUUUUAUAUUGA